CCGUAACCGUGCCCAAUGUUCGGUCGGAUUUGGCGUCCACUACACCCACUCUAGUGACAACCAGUCCGGCCACAGUGCAGAUAGCUGUAGCAACCUCCUCAACCUCAAUCAAGGGACCGGAAAACAACUUUGGUUCCGUGACGCAGAUUGCCGUAAAUUCAGCACCUCCCACAGGAACUGGACCGGCAAGCAAUGGACCUCUGUCUACACCGCAGCAGCACUACGAACAGGUCUUCUUGAGUAGCUCAACCGUACAGGUAACGACGCCAGCAGUAGCGGACACACUAUCGGUUGUUCCGGUGCUGGGUGGAAAUAGUGGUAAUAAGCCAACUGCAGGCAAAAGCAGCAAGGUACUGCUGCUCAGCCGGCAACAACGUUCCUCUAGUCAAUCGGAAUUACUGCCCUCCCAUUCCGGCGGCUAUGGUAGUGGUGUUGGAGGAAGCAACAAGGAGAACCAUACGCAGCACAGUAUUGUUUCAAGUAAGCCCUCCACCUCUAAGCAAGGAGUCUUACCUAGCGCCAGUAGUCCAGCGGUACCGAUACACUUGGUUGGUGGAAGUCCCUCGAAGCGCGCCGUUGUAGAUAAGAACAUAUACACUGCACAUCCUCAGCGGGCCCCAUUGCUUCAACGUGGACUUACCGAGCUGGUUCUCAGCACUCGAGGUACCAGGCCAAUUAACAGUACUUCCGGAGGAGCUGCAGACCACGAUGUAACUGUCAUCAAUGGAGGGCGCAGCAGGAGAGAGGCACUGAUCGAGAGUAAAAUUCGACCGGAUCAUCACCUAGAACCGGAGCAGCGACGGCGUAGCUCCUCCACAUCGGAUGCGCGGCAAGAGUCGACGUCUCGCGUCGUCGCUAGCCCUCCAAGCGGAGUCAAUCGUUUGCAAUCCCCGCCACAACCGUUCCGUCCACACCAUGCUCUUAUUAAUGUUCCGAACGAAACACAAUCCAGCAACCGGAAGCUAACACUGCGUGAGCAGCAAGUGUUUCAGUUACGGCGCGAAAUGAUGCAUCCCGGUGGCGUUCGUCUACAGUUGCGACGGAAGGAUUGUAUCAACUCGAUCGGCCUAAUCGACGCAUUCGGAGGGGUUUGGGUGGCGGGUUGGAAACAAAAGGAACAUCCGGUCCUCUAUAACGCGCUUCACAUUGGCGAUCAGUUGAUCAGUGUGGCAGGAGUAGCGAUAGCAUCGGCUCAGGAUGCUCACAAGACUAUUCGUGCGGCACCCGGUCUAUUCGUUGAGCUCAUAAUCCGACGAGUACCAUUCGGACGUGUGUAUGCCAUACGGCGCGAACUUGACGGGCAAUGUUUGGGUUUAAUACGUGAUGGUAAUACUGCAACUAUUGUUGAUGUAGUACCAAACAGCUUAGCUGCCCGCCAUGGGCUGCCUCCGAAGGCAAAAUCUUGUGAUGGAUUAUCUUUGACUUUUUGGGUGUUGACCGAAAUCAAUGGGCGACCUUUGAAUUUGUUCUUCAAAGAGCACGAAAUACGCGAUCGGUUAAACGCGGUUGGACGAGACAUUUCCAUUCUGGUGCAACCGGCGGAUCUUAUAACGAAACUGAAGAAGCAACUAAAAUCAUUACGCAGCCACAAGGACUUUAUUGUGCAAUAAUCGGGAGGGUAGCCGAUUGCUUCAAUAAUUUAAUUACUAACUCGCUCGAUGUGUGAUGAUCCUCGUGUAAUGUACGGGGACGUAUGAUAUACGAAAGCAGAACGAAAAACAAAACCCAGAGACAUCCCAGAGACAUCCCACAAACGAGAUUUGACUUUUAGAAAAUGUAUGUUAUCUCUCAAGUAAAACAAAAUCGCUGUCGUCGUCGUCGCUAUCGCAAUGUAGCAUGCGAUCCAACUUCAUAACUGAUACUGCAGGAACAGUAAACCAUGUGUAACUACUUUAUACUCUCUUGGAUACAAAACUUUCCUUUACAGUUUCCACAAAAAAGAAUCUUAGUGAAUAGUGUUGCCGGUAAUGCGAACGCAUUGGCAACAUUCUUACCUAACUAUGUAUAAGUGAUAACUAGGCAAAGUUUUUGGAAUUUUCGAACCGUGGGAACGGCUGGAUGAUUAGUGCAAAUUUUAUCAAGCUAAAGCCGCUAGCUAACGAUCAACUCUCGACAACUAUAAUCUCAAACGAAAACACAUACUGCUGUGGUAGAAUUUUACAACAACAUAUAACAUAUAGUACAACUAGGGAGUGUCGCUUGAAGCUAUGAGAGUAACAGUCGAAAGUACGGUGACCAGUGACUCAAGCGACAGAAAGUUGAAUUAGGCUCCUGCCAACAGACCUGGUGGUACUUAAUACCAUUGCAACGGUGAUUUCUCAUUUCGGUGUUUGUAGCUGUGAAGGUAUUGGGAAGAAAAGUAAGGAAAACAUACAGAUAGCGGCAGUAGCAGGGAUUAUAAAAGGUGGAUAUACAAGACACACAUCACACUAUCAUCAACAGGAAGCACAAAACAACAUAGAGGGAACAUACUCUUUUUUGGAGAUUCCCUUUGCACCCAUUCACACCAACAGAUACAUAUCUUGUGCUGAUCCGGGCCAGAUAUUGGCAACACGAAAUGACUGAUAAGAAGUCUCUACUUUCGCGUUCCACAUACUUUCUCGUAUGAAAAGAUCUUUAAGUCUGAGCACCAGAAUGUUUUGGAAAAUGGGCAACUGGUAGAUGCUUGGUUUUUUUUAUACAAGCGUUAGAGCGUUUUUGAUACAGAAAUAUAUGGCAGCAGAGAGUACAGCAUUCCGACAAGAAUUGUGCUAACAUAGUAUUAGAGGACAGCAAACGAUCCUUCGCAACCGUCGCGAUAAUACUUUGAUACUAGAUGAAUAAGCUAUCUAAACAAAAUCUUAGAACAAGCAACAGGUGAUCCGUUUUAUUGUGUGUAGCUCUCCGUAGUCUCGACUCAAAAAAAUACUCGUAUUGCGCGUGCAGUUCCUUUGCACAGUCGCACGGGCUCCAGUAGGUUUGAGUAAAGUCAAUAAAGUAACACAUAAUGGCUUUCUCGUUUCUAACCCAGAGAAUUACUACA